GGGACUGUUGGAAGUGUGUCUCUUUAACCGUCCCUGAAGAACAUUGAAGCAGUUGUUGAGGUUGAAGAUGAUAAGAUAAUUAUUCCGCAGAAUUCAUUGAUUGAGGUGAACCAGUCUGGUCUCUUAAUGGAAACUUUAAUUGAUAUAACCCCUCGAGAUCCCAUUCCAAGUCCUUCUGUAGGACCUCUUGAUCCAGAAUGCGUCAAGGAAGGUCUGAUUGUAUGUGAUCGCCAAAAAAUUAGUGGACACCAAGGGGUGAGUUUGGAUGCACUAGUAGGGAUAUUUACCCGAAUUGGACGUGAAAUGGAGGAAAUUGGCAUAGCUAAUACAUACUCAUUAGCUGAACGAGUUGCUUCUGUUGUUGAAGAUGCGAAGCCACUACUCAUGAAGAUAGAAGCCAUGGCUGAAGAUGUUCAACCUUUAUUAUCCGAGGUUCGGGAUAAUGGUCUGCUUAAGGAAGUUGAUAAAUUAACUCGGAGCCUAACACAAGCCUCUGACGAUUUGAGGUGAAUUCUCAAGUCUCUUAUAGUCAU